GGCGGGGACUCUAAGAUGGCGGCGCCCCGGCGGCAGUCACGUGGGCGCCGCCAUGUCGGGCCGGCAGGGCAACAAGCUGCCCAGCAACCUGCCCCAGCUGCAGAACCUCAUCAAGCGCGACCCGACCUCCUACACCGAGGAGUUCCUGCAGCAGUACCACCACUACCAGUCCCAUGUGGAGAUCUUCACCUUCCAGCCCGACAAGCCCAGCAAGGAGCUGGCGGAGCUGGUCAUGUUCCUGGCGCAGGUUGCCCACUGCUACCCGGACCAAAUGGCCAACUUCCCACAGCAGCUCAAAGAGAUGCUCUCGUACCACCAUACGGUGCUGGACGCAGACCUUCGAAUGGUAAGGCUGCCACCAAAAGGUGUUUGGGGCAGACCAUGGCCUCUGCUUCAAGUAUACCUGUGAGAGUUCAGCGCUUCAAGUUUGCUUUUGCAUCUUUAAUAAAGAUGGAAACUGGGGGGUGCUGUGAAAUUGUGAUUCUGAUCUCUGCUUCUCCCGUACAGACCUUCUGUAAGGCUUUGAUGUUGUUAAGAAACAGGAAUCUGAUAAAUCCAACAAGUUUGCUGGAGCUCUUCUUUCAGCUGCUGCGAUGUCACGAUAAACUUCUACGAAAAACUCUGUAUACUCACAUUGUGACAGACAUCAAGAAUGUAAAUGCUAAGCACAAAAACAAUAAAAUAAACACAACACUACAGAACUUCAUGUACACCAUGUUGAGGGACAGCAAUCCCACUGCUGCCAAGAUCUCUCUGGAUGUGAUGAUUGAACUUUACAGAAGGAAUAUUUGGAAUGAUGCCAAAACGGUCAAUGUCAUCACAACUGCUUGCUUUUCCAGAGUGACAAAGGUAUUAGUUGCUGGUUUGAAGUUCUUCCUUGGGAAGGAUGAAAGUGAGAAUCAAGAGAGUGACUCAGAAUCUGAGGACGAUGGCCCCACUGCCAGAGAUCUGAUGGUGCGGUAUGCAACAAACAAGAAAACGACCAAGCGCAAGAAGAAACUGGAAAAAGCAAUGAAGGUUCUUAGGAAACACAAAAAGAAGAGCAAGCCAGAGGUGUUCAACUUUUCUGCUAUUCACUUGAUUCAUGAUCCCCAGGACUUUGCAGAGAAACUGCUGAAGCAGCUGGAGAACUGUAAGGAACGAUUUGAAGUGAAGAUGAUGCUCAUGGACCUAAUAUCUAGGCUAGUUGGAAUCCAUGAGCUUUUUCUUUUUAAUUUCUACCCCUUCAUUCAGAGAUUUCUACAGCCCCAUCAGAGAGAAGUGACAAAGAUUCUUCUGUUUGCGGCGCAAGCUUCGCAUCAGCUAGUACCACCUGAGAUUAUCCAGUCAGUGUUGAUGACCAUCGCCAACAACUUUGUCACUGACAAGAAUUCUGGGGAGGUCAUGACUGUAGGAAUCAAUGCAAUAAAAGAAAUCACAGCGAGAUGUCCGUUAGCCAUGACUGAAGAUCUGCUCCAUGACCUUGCUCACUACAAGACUCAUAAAAAUAAAAAUGUGAUGAUGUCUGCAAGAACUCUGAUACACCUCUUCCGUUCGCUGAACCCAGAGAUGCUACAGAAGAAAUACAGAGGUAAACCUACUGAAGCCUCGGUGGAAGCCAGGAUUCAUGAAUAUGGAGAACUGGAUGCCAAAGACUAUAUUCCAGGAGCAGAAGUACUGGAGGUUGUGAAUGAAGAGGAAAAAGGAGAAAACCAAGAGGAAGAUGGAUGGGAAAGUGCUAGUAUGAGUGAGGGGGAAGAUGAUGAAGAUGGAGAGUGGAUUGACGUCCACCACUCUUCAGAUGAGGAGCAGCAAGAAGUGGCAGAGAAGAUGAAAAGCAUGCCUAUAGAGGAACGGAAAGCUAAAGCUGCAGCAGUCAGUACAAGCAGGCUGCUAACUCAAGAAGACUUCCACAAAAUACGUCUUGCUCAGCUCUCCAAAGAGCUUAAUUCUGCACCAGGCAAAGCUGCAAAGAGGAAAAAUAUUGAAAUAGAUGAGGAAGAGGAGAGCAGGGGCGAGUUGCUUUCACUCAGAGAUAUCGAACAUCUACAUAAGAAGCCGAAGUCAGACAAGGAGACAAGAUUGGCAACUGCAAUGGCUGGAAAAACAGACAGAAAAGAAUUUGUGAAAAAGAAAACAAGAAUUAACCCAUUUGCCAGCUCUACCAAUAAAGAGAAGAAAAAGCAGAAGAACUUUAUGAUGAUGAGAUACAGCCGUAAUGUCCGGACCAAAAAUAAGCGUUCUUUCAGGGAAAAACAGCUGGCUCUUAGAGAUGCACUUCUGAGACAGAGAAAACGGCUGCUGAAAUAAAAUGGUAAAGGAGAAGAAUAGUUAAUCAUCCUUGAAGAAACAGGAAACUUAGAAAUGCUUAUUUUCCAUUCUCUUAAAGAAG